AUGGCUGUAUCACCAAAUGGUCAAGUACCAGACUCACCUGACAACACAAUGGCUGUCGCAACCCAACAGAUGCCGGCCUUGCCCCUAGAUGUGGGGGUGAAGCCAACAGAGAAUGGAACGAAUGGGGACAGUGAUUCUCAGGUUGUCACUAUCACAGACUUGCUGCUUAGCAAAGUCCGUGAGACACCGGAUGCCGUCUUCAUACAAUACCCAGCUACCGCAAAAGGAAAAAAAGACUAUGUCGGAUAUACAGUCACCGACGUUGAUCGAUUGGCGGAUGAGGCAGCUCGCCAGUACGUCGCUCGAGGGCUACGUCCUGAGCCUACAACGGACAAGUGUGAAGUCAUAGCGCUGCUGGCAACGUCCAAUCUCGACUAUGUCGCGUCGAUGCUGGCAUUGAGCCGGAUGGGCUUCUCAGUCUUGUUCCUGUCAACUCGACUGACCACAGGAGCCUACGUGAACCUUCUACGUCUGACUGGAUCGCGGAAGCUCGUCGUUGGCAAGGAUUUCAAAACGGCGGGAGAGCAAAUCAAAGAACAGUAUCCACUGUCGUCCUACAGUAUUGUGGAAAGGUCUGAGUAUGACCUCGACAAGCCUUCAGGGCCUCGGUUCCCUUAUACACGGCCAGCAAAUGCGUCCCAGCAAAUUUCUUUCAUUGUACACUCUUCGGGUUCUACUGGCCUGCCCAAGCCAAUCUAUCAAACACAUUCUGCUUGCCUCGCAAAUUAUUCCAGCGGGAUUCCGUACCGGGCGUUUCUGAUGCUGCCACUCUUUCACAACCAUGGAAUAUCUGUCACAUUUCGGGGCUUGAUUGCCGGGAACAAGAUAUCCAUGUACAAUGCCAAUCUGCCCCUGGCCGGAAGCACUCUAAUUGAGUCUUUGAAGGCGACCCAGCCUCAGAGUCUUCAUUGCGUCCCAUACGCGUUGAAGCUGAUGGCGGAAACUCCUGGCGGAAUCGAGGAGCUGAAGAAGCUGAGCCUCGUGAUGUAUGGGGGCAGCAGCUGUCCGGAUGACCUGGGAGACAAGCUCACUGAAGCCGGAGUCUACGUGGUAGGACAGUAUGGAACCACUGAAACAGGUCAGCUCAUGACUUCGUUUCGAGAUCAAGGCGAUAAGGGGUGGAACUACAUGCGGCCAUUCCCAGUGACGAAGAAAUUCAUCAAAAUGGUCCCAAGAGGCGCAAACACAUUCGAGUGCGUGGUUCUCGACGGCUUGCCAUCCAAGACCACGUCAAAUUCCGACGAUCCGCCCAACUCUUACCAUACCAGAGACACCUUCAGCCCACACCCGACGAUUCCAGACGCGUGGAGGUAUCUGGGACGUCUCGACGACAGGGUGACUCUCGUCAACGGAGAGAAAGUGCUCCCAAUCCCUUACGAGCACACGAUCAGGCAGCACGACCUGGUGCAAGAAGCCGUGGUGUUCGGCGUGGAAAAGGCUGUUCCUGGCUUGAUGAUCGUCCCAAGCGACAAAGCAGCGUCGUUGACGAGGGAUGAGAUCCUCCAGGCCGUACAACCGAACAUCGAGCUUGCGAACUCACGAGCCGAGGAAUUUGGGCGCAUCUCCCCAGAAAUGAUUGAAGUUCUGGACGUCGGGACAGAGUACCCUCGGACUGACAAAGGCACAGUCAUCCGGGCGGCAUUCUACAAACAAUUUGCAAGGCAGAUCAAUGACACCUAUGACCGCUUUGCCGCGCCACAAGCUAGUCUCCGCGCCCUGGAGUAUGAAGAGUUGGUGAAAUACCUGCUCGACGUUUUCCGCGUCAACUUGGGUGUCACCAAUCUUGAGCCCACGACAGACUUCUUCGAGGGCGGAAUUGACAGCCGGCAGGCGAUCACGGCUCGAGCCCAAAUCACCAGAGAACUUGACGUAGGGGGCAACCCCGUUGGAUCCAACGUCAUUUUCGAAUACCCCAACGUGGAGCUUCUUGCGAAGCACUUGUACUCGCUGAGGACAGGGGUGGCGCAAGAAGCGGAUGACGAGCUAUCCGCAAUGGCUCAAUUGAUUGAGAAGUACUCUGAUUUCCCCGCCCGAGAGCCUGGCACAAUCCAGCCAAGUGGCGAGACGGUGAUAUUGACGGGCGCCACGGGCUCUCUGGGAAUCAACAUCCUGGCCCAGCUUCUCAGGAAACGUACAGUCAAGAAGGUGUACUGUCUCGUGCGAGCGUCGGCGAAAGACGCAGCCAAAGCCCGAGUCAUUUCAACACUCGAGGGGAAGGGCCUGCCUUCUCUCACGGAACAGGACUUUUCAAGGGUGUCGUUCCUACCUGCGGACCUUUCCAAGCCAACUCUUGGGCUGGAUGAAGAGACCUUGGCCGAGAUUCGCGAAAGCCUCACGCUGAUCAUCCAUUCCGCCUGGGCCGUCAACUUCAAUCUCGGCGUCCGCAGCUUCGAGUCUCAACACAUCAGAGGCGCGCACAAUCUGAUCAAUGUGUGCCUUCAGGCUAAGACGGUGGAUCCAGCUCGGUUCUACUUCUGCUCAUCCAUCUCCUCCGCGGCCGCUACACCGCUGCCGGCGACCAUUGGGGAGUCACAUAUCGAGAACCUUUCUCAUGCACAGCCCAUGGGCUACGCACGCUCAAAGCUGGUCACAGAGCACGUAAUAAAGAAUGCCGGCGAGAGAACAGGAAUAACAGCUACCGUGCUGCGCGUGGGACAGAUUGUAGGAGAUACAAAGCAUGGUUCGUGGAACACCACAGAGGCAAUCCCCCUGAUGAUCCAGAGCGCAAAGACCAUGGGUGCGUUGCCAGCACUUGAAGAAACACCAUCUUGGAUGCCGGUUGACCUUGUGGCUCAAGCUGUUAUCGAACUGUCUGGCGUCGACAGAGACGGGUACUCACCCAAGUCUGCCGUGUACAACGUCCAGAAUAACAGGCUGUUCCAUUGGACACAAGAUCUUCUCCCUGCGCUCAGGAAUGCUGGGCUUGACUUCAAGACAGUCUCUCAACGCGAGUGGGUUGACUUGCUGCGCAAGUCUGAUCAGAACCCGGAAACGAAUCCUACAAUCAAGUUGGUAGAUUUCUUUGCUUCGAAGUACGAUAAUGACAAGCCGGGUAGAAGCGGGCUAAAGUUCGCCACUCAGAAGGCGGAGGCAGAGAGUGAGGCAAUGAGGAACGGUUACGAUGUAGUCGGCAGCGGCUUGGUCGGGACGAUGGUUGCAUGGAUGGAAAGCCAAUGGUAA